AUGAUGUUAGCUUGGUUUCAGCUGAAUUUGGAAAACGAGUUUGCUAGAACGCUAACCUAUGUUCAGAUUCCAAAUUUCUUUGUAUAUAUUGCUAGCGAGAAACGUUGGAAAGAAAGGGAGACAGGUUUUGCAAUUGGCAGAAUCAACUAUGCCCCAAGGAAGAUUGAAGAUGCUUAUUAUUGUCGAGUGUUGUUAAAUGUUGUCCGUGGUCCCACAUGUUUUGACGACAUCAAGACAUACAAUGGAGUGCUAUAUCCGAGCAACAAGGAUGCGUGCUAUGCCAGGAAAAGGAGUUAUAACCAAAAGAGUGAAGACUGUCCAGACGGCUCUAUCGAGAAUCAGCGCCCAACCGCGCAGUCCGGCUGGCCGAGGAACGAAUGUUCCACGCUCGGCCAAAUCUCGUCCGUCCGUCUGAAGUCUCGGCCAAAGUCCAAAACCGUCGGCCGAUCACGCAUCACGACCCGGGAAACAUCCCGCGGUCGGCCACGCCACGCCACGACCGCGCACGACCAAACGCGCGAGCCGGGAAAACGCCUCGCGGCCGCGCAACUCAUCCGCGUACCACGCCGAUGCGCCGUCCGACCCGGGAAACUACGUCCCGCGUCCGGCCGAGAUUUCAUCGGCCAAAUUCACCGUCCGACCACAGCGGCCGACCACGAAUCCGUCCGACCCCGACCGUUCCGACUCGGCCACACCCGAUUGUCCGGCCGAUCGUCCCGCACGACCGUCCCAACGCCGCGGUCGACCCGAAGCCCUUUUUGA